CACAGAGGACUGGAGCUAUAAAGCCAGGCAUUUCAUCCACUGCAGCUCCAGUCUUAAACCCUCUUCAACUUCACCUGUAAGGUUAAGCGCUUCACUCUGAAAUCAUGGCCAAUGACAUCACUCUGCUCUGGGGCUCCGGAUCUCCUCCCUGCUGGAGGAUAAUGAUCGUUCUGGAGGAGAAGAACCUGCAAGGAUACAACCAAAAACUGCUCUCCUUUGAGAAGGGAGAGCACAAGUCAAAGGAAGUCAUGGACAUUAACCCCAGGGGUCAGCUUCCUGCCUUCAAAUGUGGGGACAAAAUCAUCAAUGAGUCAUGCGGUGCAUGUUUCUUCUUAGAGUGCAAGUACAAGUCACAGGGAACCAAGCUGAUCCCCGACUGCGAUGCGGAACAAGCACUGAUGUUCCAGCGUGUGUUUGAGGUUAACACAUUCGGAGACAAAAUGGGAAAUGUUAUCUACUACAACUGGAAGGUCCCAGAGGGAGAGAGACACGACUCUGCCAUUAAGAGAAACAAAGAGGCUCUGAGCGCUGAGGUCAAGCUUUGGGAGGGAUACCUGCAGAAGACAUCAGGCGGUUUCCUGGCAGGAAAGAACUUUUCCUUAGCUGAUGUGAUUGUUUUUCCAGCCAUUGCUUAUCUCUACCGCUUUGGGCUUUCUGAACAGCGUUAUCCAAAACUGACAGAAUACUAUAAAAAUCUGAUGAACAGACCCAGCAUCAAAGCCACCUGGCCUCCUACUUGGAAGGAGACACCUGGACAGGACAUACUUAAAGACAUCUGAGAUUCAAACACUCAUUGGUUAACAAGCUAACUUUUACUGUUGUGUUUUCAUUUCAAUCAAUCAAUCAAUCUUUAUUUAUAAAGCACUUUUCAUACAAAAAAAAACCUGUAGCCCAAAGUGGUUUACAUGGUUAAAAGCAGCCCACCCCACCCUCCCACUCACUCCCCACACUCUCAGCUUUGUUACCAUUCAUUGUACUGCUCUACCCUUUCAUAUUUUUUAACAUUGUUUGCUUCGGAAACUGUCUGAUGCUCAGUGUGCUGUGAACAUAAAGCAAUAAAAAUAAAACGAGUUUCACUUUU